AUGUCGCCUCUCCCAACUGGAGUCGUCCCUCUCAUCUCACCACCCUCUGCUGGGUCACUGGUAACGAGCAACACCACCACCGAGCAAGGGCCUAAUAACACCACCAUGUCCUCCACCAGAACCGAGACCAAACCCCUCGAGGUGGAUGCCUGGAAGAAGACAAUGAAGGAAAGAAAGGGGAAGACUGCCAAUGAUCUGAACUGUAAGGCAUCUCAAUUGCUAGAGGCAGUUCCGUGA